AUGACACAUACAAAUGAUAUUAAUUCAUUAUUAUCCCAAUUAGAAGAACUUGACAGAUCAAAAGAUUAUUUAACUAUUGGUAAUAAAUUAGAUAGUUUUGAUUCAAAAAUUACUGAUAUUAUUAAAAAAUGGAUAUCAAAUAGUAGAUUAUCGAAUGAAGAAAUCAAUGUUAUUAAUUUAUAUUCAAAACUUCAAUUAAAUUUUGUUGAAUAUUAUUUUUUCGAGUCACAAUCGACAGUAGAUAAUGAAACUAUCAUAGAAUUAUUUCGUAAAUGUUUAUUUCGAGCGAAACAAAUUAAUGAUUUAAAACAAGCUGUCAUAUUUAUUCGUGAUAAACAACCAUCAAAUGAUAAUAAAACUGAACAAGAUGAAAUGCUAAUUUAUCUUAUACGUAUGCUUGAUGCGCGUUCACUUGCUUAUCGAUUAUGUUUUAAAGAUCUUAACCCACCUCCACGAGACCUUAAUAAUGAACUUAAUUUAUGUCUUACUCAUGAUUGUGCCAAAAACUAUUUUUAUGAUAUGAAAUCAAAUAAUGAUGCAGGUAAAAAUUUUAAUAUUAGUUACCGUCAUCAAUUUUUCGUUGGUUGUUGUACAUUUGCUAUUGCAUUAUUUGAAGAAAAUAAAAGAAUUUUUCAAAAUGAUGAUAAAACAAAGUAUAUAUGCUUACUCGCAAAAUAUGUUCGAAUUGUGUUAAGUACAAGAAAAUUCGAAGAAAAUAAAUCAUUUGUUUAUUGUCUUCGUGGUAUUCUUGCUUUACUUACGAACUGUGUUCCAACUAAUAAAUGGACUCCAAUUAUUAAUAGAGCACUGGCGAAUCCCAAUGAUGAAGAUGCACAAGAAGCAAAUCCAUUCAAUCUCGAACUAUUUUCUUUCAUAGUUAUUAGAUUAUUAGGAUCAGAGACUCUUCGAAAUAAAGUGAUACAAUCUGAUUCGAAUGAUAUUACUUCAUUAAUUGAUGUCGCGCUUAUAUUUCUUAAUAAAUGGUGCGAUACAACAGAAGAUCUGACUGAUGAUAGUGACUAUACAAUUAGUAAUGAUUCAUCGUCUUCCGAUGAAAAAAAUCAAGUUCUUCGUUUAUUACGUUCUAAUGAACUUUUAAGUCACGAUUUACACGCGUCACAAAUCAUGGUUCCUUAUAUUGAUGCAAAAUAUGAUCGUGUUCGUUUAAUGGCUGUGUCAACAUUAUCAAGAAUUAUGAAUUUUAAAGAUUUUCAAAAUUUACAACAGAAAAAGCCUAAUAUGGCUCAAGAUAUAGUAAAAUUAAUAUUUUAUUUUAUCGAUCGAGCAGUCAUUUCACAAAAUUAUCAAUAUAAAGGAAUAUCAUUCGAAUUGCUUCUUCGUUAUUUACUUCGAUUUCUUGUUCAAGAUGUUAUUAAAGAGGAAACAAUUCCAUACAUAUCGAAUCUUGUUAUUUUUGCAGAACAGCGUCAUUUAAAUGCACUUAAAAUUCUUCGUAGAAUUUCUUCAUCAACAAAACUGACACAAAAACUAAUUGAAAAUCUUAAAUUCGAUAGAUUUUUAAAAACUACAGCUGAUGCUUUAUUUGAUAAUGAUCCAACAAUGAAACGAAUUACCGAAGAAAUUCGUCGAAAUCUUGCACCAGAACGAUCAAAAGAGUUACCAAUAUCCAGUGAUGCUGGUAGUCGACAAGCAUUCAUUUCAUAUUCUCAUCGUGAUAAAAGUCAACGGAUUGCAUUUGCCAAAGAUUUAGACAGAGCUGGAAUUUUUACAAAUAUUUGGGUUGAUGAAAACGACAUGAGAGAUAAUAUAGUUGACACAAUAACCACUGCUAUUCGUCAGUCAAAAGCUGUUUUUGUUCUUCUUAGCGAAGGAUAUUGUUCAUCAGAUAUUUGUCGACGUGAAUGGGAAUUUGCUCUGAAAAAAAACAUUAAAGUUUAUCCUAUUAUAGUUCAAGAAGGCUUUAAAAUAGACACGUAUGAUUGGGUUGCAUUCAACAUUGCUCAAACUCUUUAUUAUAAAAUUCAUAGACAAGACGAAUUAAAACUGUUGGUGGAAAAUCUAAAAAAAGAUUUUCAUGAACAAAAAAACUCACCAAAGAUACGAACAGAACCCCCACUGGAAGCAACAGCAAAUAAUCAAUCAGACACUCGCGAACAAUUUAAGGAUAAACCAGUAGCUAAAUGGACACCCAGCGAUAUUCACAAUUGGUGUGAGAAAAAUAAUCUUGGAAAAUGGUGUGAACCAUUAGCUGAAUAUCAUGGGGAAGCUCUACUUGAACUAAAUAGACUUCUAGAGACGGAUGCAAAUCUGCCACAUAUUGCUCAUGGACAAGACAUAACUUUAAUCGAUGUAGUUCUGUUCAAAUGUGAAUUACAGAAAUUAUUAUCGAACAGAAAAGCAAGAGUAAAAACAGCUAAGAAAAAAGACACAGUCAAACAUCGAACCACGAACAUGUUAACUAAAUAA